AAAAGAGGCUAGAGAUGGAAGAGGGGGAGGAUGGUUACACAGCCCUACGCUUCAAAGGAAGAAGGAAAAGAUCAAAUGGAGCUUCUUCCAGGUCUUCUCCAUUUUGCCAUCCCUUGACCAUAUCCCUAGGAGUAGCAGUGAUCAUUCUGCUUGGGACUGUGACAGGUUUGGCUGUUCUGAUCUUUCAAGGCUCUAGUCUCAGCUGCCUCAACAGUGCCCAGAAUUUAUCUGAGGAACUCGGUGGAAACAACCAGAAUACGUCCGAUGACCUUCACAGAAGUACUGUGAUGAUGCUGGGCAAAUUAAAGGAACAUUUUUGUGGGGAGUUAGAGAGUGGGAAAGCAGAACAUGCCCAGUGUGAGUACUGUCCACUUGGAUGGGUUCUGCGCCACGGGAAAUGCUACUACUUCUCAGAGAAGAAAAAAAACUGGAGUGAUAGCAAGAGGUACUGCAACUCACAGGCAGGCAGCCUGGCUGUGAUUGACAAUGAGGAGGAGAAGACCUUUAUUAUGAACAGGAUGAAGAUGGAAAAAGGCUACUACUGGCUUGGACUCAGUAAGGGGAAGGACAGAUGGUUGUGGGUGACUGGUGCAGGAUUACCAGCAGAGAAGCUUCAUGUUACUGGCAGCAGCGGCAGUCAUAGCUGUGUUGUUUGUGGCAUGGACGAGAUUCUGGCUGAGAGCUGUUUCAACCCCAACAAAUGGAUCUGUGAGAAAGCCACCAUGGAAUUUCCAACUGUGAAGAGAGCCUCACUGGAUUGAAAUCCCCUCCCUGGUCCCAACAAAAGCUUGGUAUAAAUAGGGCGAGGAGCACUGUUACACCAAAUACAAAUGUAAUACUUUGGACACAACGUAAGAUUUGAGGCUAAAAGACUGAAUAGGCCAGAGAUUGAACUUCUCUUUUCCCUUGAGCUAGUCCCCCACAGGAGAAUCCCUAAAGGUGUAUGUAAUGCAGUGAUUCCCAGCCAGUGUGCUGUCAGGCCCAAACAGCUGUGCCUGGAAUGUUUUGAAAAACUACAUGAGAACAAGGGGGAAAGCCGCCUUCUGAUUGGCCAUCUGCCUCACUGCCCCGCCUUGUCCCGGGAUGGAGCAACCAAUCAGAGCUUCCUCUCUUCCCUCCUCCUAUCUUGUGUGAGCAAUGGAUCAGCUCUUCUGCCCCUCCCCUUCUCUCCUGCAGCUGCCAGCUGGAGGUGAGGGAAAGCACUCCUGGAGAUCGAGGUAUACCAUGGCAGAGAAAAGGUUGGGAACCACUGAUAUAAUGUACAAGGGAGAGGGGGGGAAAAAAAAGUUAGAAAAUCUUGACUGAAGAUGGAACCUAUGCCAAAGCCUAGCUACCCAAGCUAAGAAUCUUCAGGUUAAUGUCUCCUACAGCAUCUUUGUAGAACUAUUGGUCUAGUCAACAUCACAUCCGUAAUACUAUAUAUUCCCAAGCUCCUUUCCAAGCAGCAGCAGCAGCGUCUGUAGCCACCCAGGCACCUUUCACCUCUCUGGCUUGUACAGAAAAAUUGAAUUGUAUAUUCCAUAAUUUUUCUUCCCUCUCAAAGCUUUGGGGCACAAUCUGUUUCUACCCCUCCCUCCCAUUGCAGGGCCUGCCAAUGAACAUUUCCCCUUUGUUUGAGCGUAAUUCCAUUUAUAUUUGCUGUUCAGGACCACUAACUUUUUAUUUGACUGAAAUAGCCAAGUACACAGGCUGUUUGUUUCAGGGAGGUCUUGUGGUGAGAUCUAAGAAUCAGGAGCUGGAGAGCUGGCUUCUCAUCCUGGCUAUGGCACUGAUUUCCUGUAUGGCCUUGGGUCUCUCUCUGCCAUAGUUUCCUGAUACCUGAAACUGGAAUAAUGAUACUUCCCUACCUCAGAGGAGUGUUGUGAGACUUAAGUCAGAAAUGGCUGCGAAGCACUCAGAUACUACAGUGAUGAGUGCCAUAAACAGCAUCCAUCUGUAAUUAUUUUGCUCUGGAAGGGUGGUAGCUAUUAUUCAUACAGGGCUCUGUAUAAAAAUUGUGAAUUCUCAUAAAACAAAAUUGCUGUUCAUUUCUCAUGCACACACAAAGUAUUCUUUGCAACCAGUAACAUAUGGGUUGAGAUCCUUUGUAUUAGACUGUGGAAUCCAUAUCACUCAACCUACGACAACCCAAAAUGAGGGGCGUGAAAAAAAUAAUUCAUGCAGGAAGUUUAGAAUGCUGUGGGAUUUGUUCCUUUUGGGUAAAUACCGCUUUCUAUAACCGCAGGGCAAUGAUUCUGUAUUCCAGAUGUAAGCAAUUUUUCAACCAUGAAAAUGAGGAGACACCAGGUUUUGAGUUGUGCCAGAAUGUUCCAGAAUGCCGUUCUGUCACUUUUUUGUGGUGGAGUUGAGUUUGGCAGUGCACUGGGGUUGGUUGCCUCUCACUAGCUCACUCCAUCCCAAGCCAGGGAAAGGUGCUUUGACGGAUGCACUGGGGACUCGGCCAGAGAUCCAUGCUGCUGAUAGAUUGCCAGUGCCAGCAGGGAGCCUGUAGUGGUGUCACAGGACAGUUUUUCUACAUUUUUCCCAUGGCAAACAGAUUUCUAGGAUCCCUGCAUAUGACUCAUACUACUUCUAUAGUGCAAACAUCAUUUAGAACAGCGUUUGUGGGUUGGGACCCCAAAGUGGGUCUGUGACAGCACCCCCCAUAAGGCUUUAUGGAAAUAUGCUUAUGAAGAUACGGCUCUAUGAGCUGUGGUGCAAGUGAAGAUCUGUUCUGUGCUACAUAUGCCAUGUAACAUAUCUAUAUAAAGGUUA